AAAAUGUUUUCCAUUUUUUGGCUUAAUUGUUUUUUAAUUCUUUUUUAUUUUUUGCUACAUUACAAUGUUGAUUGUAUGUGGAACUUUCAUAAAGGAGAAAGUAGUAAAACACCUUUACUUUCUCAACAAAAUUAUGAUGAAGGUUCAUCAUCUUCAAGCAUUCAAUCCAAUCAACAAAUCCCAACCAAAGCAAAUACUGGAAAGAAAAUAUUGCUGGUAACUGAUGUAAUUUACCCGCAUUAUGAUUUCUUCGUAAGUUAA